CAACGACGACGAUGUGGAGUUGUGGCCGAGGAUGACCACAUCUUACGAGGAGGCUGAUGGUCCCGAUCUGGGGGUGCCAGCUGAGGACGAUGGGUUUCUCAUGGAUCGUAUGUCCUUCAUGAAGAGGGCACAACUUAAGGCGUCCGAGGAGCUGAAGGCCCAACAGCCUGGUGCUGCCCCUGCGGCCAAGCCCCCAGUGCAGCCAAAGAAGAAACGACAGGUCGAUGAGGGCCAAAAGAAGUUGACUGAGGCGGGCUUAAAGCCUAUUAAGAAGUCGAAGAGAGCUUCCCCUUCUGGUGAUGCCGGGACGUCGGUUGUUCCCUCUGGGGACGGAGGGGGUUCCAAUGUUGAUGCUUUGGUGGACCACCCUUCGGGCCCUUCGUCCACCACCCUGUCCACCGUUCCUGCUGCCGUAGCAGCCACCCGAAAAAAAGGGUCCAGCCGAGAGCUGGUCAAAGGGACCUACAAGCUUGAGGUGGAAUACCCUAUCAAAGGGGGGCUGUUCAAUGAGAUCGUUGAUGGCCAUGAGGUGAUCUGCCAGGCCAUCCCUGACGAGGACCGGGCUUACCUGAAGAAGCUCGGCCAUGUUAAGAUGUACGAUGGUGGGAUGGACCACAUCGUCCAAGGCGCCUUCAUGUUGAUGGAAAGCAACAGGAGGCAGCAAAAGGAGAUUGCUCGUUUGAAGCAAUUCGAGCAAAGGGUUGCUUCGGCCGACGAAGCGCUGGGCAGCUUGGAGAGGCUGCGGCUUAAAGUCGAAGGCCUGAAGAAGAGGGCUGAUGAGGCCGAUCAGUUGGCUGCUGAGAAGGAAGGGGCCCUCCAGCGCUUGGCCGAUAUGGAGCGCGUCCGUGAUGAGGCCCUUCGGCGUGCGAAGGAGGCCGAGAAGGGUAAGGCCAGUGCGGAGCUGGCCCUUAGUGCCGCCGAGGAGAGAGCUGCUGAGGCUGUUGUGCAGAAAUUCCUCGAAGUCGGUUGGAAGGACGAGGAUCGGCUCUCCCGGUGCUUCAAGGUCGUGGCGGCCAGGCUUGUCGACUGGGUGACCAAAUCCCCUGACGGCCAGGCGUACUGGGAGAAGGAGAUGAAAGUCUUCUACGACCUUGGCCAGUACCGGAUGCAACGGCUGCUCUACAGGAGGCUUCAGCGGCGUUUCAUAGAUCUGGGUGUGGCCAAGGAGCGGGCCGUCGGCCUUGAGCUGCCUUCAUUGAUGAGGCAUCCCGAAGCUGAGUUGGAGCUCCCGACGGCUGAUCGGCAGCUCCCAAUUGAGAGCUCUCAAGCUAGCGACGAUUGGACCUACGAGCCGAGCAUGUUUGAAGACACCGCUACGUCCGGUGUUGCUGCCGGUGCGGCCGCUGCCUCAGCCGAAGAGGGAGUCGGUGCCGAGAAGGACGCUGAAGCCCUGCCGGAGUCAUGAUCCACGUUGCUUUUGAUUUGUGUAAUGUUAUGUAACGGUCGAGAAGCCCACUUUGUACUUUCCUGUUUUAUGAAUGAAAAUACUUCUUCUCGUCUUUCAUACUUCGAUAUUUUUGCCUUGGGUCUUUUCUUUUCCUGUUUGUACGACGUCCCAGUGUGAGUGUUUGCUUCGUC